AUGUUGCAGCAUCAAAACCCCUUUGUUCUUUCAUUUUCGGCAUUGUUUUUAGCCUUCUUUUGUCACUGUUCCGCUACGACAUUCACAGUGGGGGAUUCAGCAGGCUGGAUUAUUCCACCAUAUCCAACAUACUACAAUAAUUGGUCACAUUCCCAAUUCAUAAGAGUAGGCGAUUCUGUAGAAUUCAAGUUCGAUGACAAAUUCUACAACCUAAUUCAGGUAUCACAGAAAGAGUACGAGCAUUGCACAUCACUUGAACCUCUAAGGAUAUUCAAUACUAGCCCAGUAAUUCUUCCACUGAGGGAGAGAGGUGUGAUGUUCUUCAUAUGCAACAUCCCAAACUACUGUUGUCUAGGCCAGAAGAUUGUGAUUUCUGUACAUGAAGGUUCCAUAGAAAAACCCCCAUCACCAUCACCAUCACCUUCUCAAGUGCCAAUCAAUAUCUCUCCACAACCAUCACCAAAUGCUUCUGCUCCUCAACCUCAUGGAUCUAGUGGCAUGAGUAGCCCUCCAUCUCCCACUACAAACACUUCAGGAGGUAAUGGUGGGAAUUCUCCUGUUCCAUCUUCCACUCAAGAGGGAAAGUCUAAUGCAGUGGCAUUGGUAGGUGGGAAAAGUUUCACUGUGUCGCUGGGGCAACUUUUAUCUGUGCUUGGUGCUUUAUUUGGAUUUUGGAUUAUGUAGGUGUAAUAUGCAUGCAGGGUAAGUGCAUUUUAGGCUGAUUAGAUUGAUUUUAUAGUGAUUUGGUUUUCAAUUGCGAACUCUCUUCAUAUGGUAGUUUUGU